CAGAGGCGGAGGAGGCGGAGGAGGAGGCGGCGGCGGCCGGGACGAUGGCGGCGGGCGGCUGGGAGGCGCCGUGGCGGGCGCUGGGCGCGCUGGGCCGGGAGCUGGCGGCCGAGUGGGCGGCGCAGGACGUGCGGGCCGCGCUGUGCCAGCUGCUGCUGCUCUGGCUGGGGCUGAGCCUGCUGGGCGUCCGCCUGGCCUGGCGGGCCUACGGCGGCGCCGUGGCCGCUCUCUGCUACCGCCCGGCCGCCCGCCGGCCCCCCGGCACCGCCACCGCCACGGGCACCGCCACCGGCACCGGCAGCGGCCGGCCCCGCGCCCACUCCCUGUCCCCCGCCGGCCCGGCCGGCCGCAACGGCGCCGCAGAGCGGCACUGCCCGCCCCGGGAGGGCCCUCCAGCUGAGCCGGGGAAGACGCACCGCGAGUGAGGAGCGCCCACCGUGCCCGAGACCGCCCGCAUCAUUAAAGCGCUGUGCCCCCCA